AAAAUUCGUACCAAUUGUCGACCGACACAAAUCUAUAAUCGUCGCCUCAUGUAAAAAUGUCAGCUGCAACAAACAGCACGAAAAGCAUCAAAGUAAACGUGAAUAAUUCUAGUGAAAAUACAGGGCGGACUGUUGAAGAAAAUAAGGACAAAAGUAUGAGUGAUAAAAGCAAAAAAAACGAUUCGAGUAUGAAUAGUAGCACAGUUAUAAAAGUAAAAAGUGUUAUCCCUAGACGUAGGCAAGAUCUUCUAAAAUGGUACGGCUGGGGCUACAAGGACUCCAUGUUUCGUUUGCUCGAGGGAAGACCGACUUUCACAGGAGACAGAUAUGCAAUUGCAGGUAAACACUUAGCAAACUUCAUGGAAUUCGUCACAAAUACAUUCGACAUAACCUCGGACUCACAAGCGAAAGAAGCUGUCCUUCCAAAAACAUUCCCAGAGAGCAUAUUACCGCCCAACAUUCGGCAAGAACUUGAGAGUAUAUCACUGGUCAGCGUGGAGGGCUUGGACAGAUACAUACGGGCACAUGGACAGACCUUGAAAGACAUGGUGAACACUUGGCAAAACACAUUCAAACGAAUACCCGACGCUGUCAUAUGGCCGGAGAAUCAUGAACAGGUGGUGCAAAUAGUAGAGUGCGCAUCCAAGCACAACUUUGUUAUUAUUCCAUUCGGUGGAGGCACUUCAGUGUCUGGGUCCAUCACCUGCCCAGAGCACGAGAGCAGGCCCAUCGUUGCGCUCGACACGAGCGACAUGAAUUCUAUACUAUGGAUUGACAAGGAACAGCUGUUGGCCAGAUUGCAGUCCGGCAUCGUCGGGCAAGACCUCGAACGUGAAAUGCGAGCGCGAGGUUUCACAGUGGGCCACGAACCCGACUCGUACGAGUUCUCGACAGUCGGCGGUUGGGUGGCUACCAGGGCAAGCGGGAUGAAGAAAAACACGUACGGAAACAUUGAAGACCUUCUCGUGCAGACCAAGACGGUGACACCGCAAGGGGUGAUAGAAAAGGGAUGUCGCGUGCCUCGGAUGUCCUGCGGACCAGAUUGGGAGCACGUCAUCAUGGGGUCUGAAGGAUGCUUCGGUGUCAUCACUGAGGUGACGAUAAAAAUCCGUCCACUACCACCUAUCACCCGCUAUGGGUCGCUGGUGUUCCCUGACUGGGAGUCAGGGUUCUAUUUCGAGCGGGAAGUGGCUCGACAGCGCCUGCAACCAUCUAGUAUAAGACUCAUGGACAAUGAACAGUUCCGUUUCGGCCUGGCGCUCAAGACGGAGACCACGUGGGGUGGAGUGAUCCUAGAUGGUCUUAAAAUGAUGUAUCUAACCCGCAUCAAGGGAUUCGAUCCAGACAAAUUAUGCGUUGUAACUCUACUCAUGGAGGGCACUGCCGAAGAAGUAGUCGAACGGCACAAGAAGCUGAACAGCAUUGCCGCAAAAUGGGGAGGAGUGCCCGCCGGGGCCACAAAUGGGGAACGAGGAUAUACCCUUACUUUUGUCAUUGCUUAUAUAAGGGACCUGGGUCUCCAAUACGACGUGGUGGCGGAGUCGUUCGAGACGUCAGUCCCGUGGGACCGUACCCUUGCGCUGUGCACAAACGUAAAGAGGCGCGUCAGCGAAGAAUGCCAAUCGCGCGGCAUCAGGCAUUACCUUGUCUCAUCCAGAUUAACGCAAACAUACGACGCCGGUUGCUGCAUCUACUUCUACUUCGCAUUCAACAGCCGCGAGUGCAGUAGCGACGCGGUCACCGUCUAUCAUGAAAUCGAGGAGGUUGCUAGGGACGAGAUCAUUGCUUCGGGAGGAUCAAUAUCGCACCACCAUGGAGUGGGUAAACUUCGCAAGAAAUGGUACACAGACACAGUGAGCAGUCCUGGUCGCCAGCUCUUGCUUGCAACAAAGAAUGCAUUAGACCCUGACAACAUCUUCGCUUUAGGAAACAUGGCACUUGGAGAAAAUACAAAUAGUGCGGACCCAACAAUAAAAAGCAAACUUUAAAUAAAACCAAACGAAUUUGUCAGCGGCAUCUUAGGAUGUAGAUACUUGAUUAUUAUUAUAAUUGUGUAAGUGAACAUUUGUUAGCAUGUUUUUGCUAAGGCCUUCAUAUACAGGACGAUUUGUAUUCACGAUUAGUCAUUUCAGACUAAUUCGCAACGAGGACUCGAUAGUGUCUGUUUAUGUCUUUAACGACUACCUUGAACGCCAGUAGAGUACCGACAGAUCGAUGCGAUAUCGGGACGAUCGAUCGAGCAAUUUUUUGUGUAUGGGGCCUUGGCCUUUAGCAAGGUUGGGGUUGUGGUAUGGCCUAUAUCGAUACCGGGUCGAUUAUCCGGCCCUCUAUUUAGUAGAGUGAAAAUAAUUGUAAGCAUUCGUUUAGACACGGUACACCACCGUUCGCCAAAGUUCAAAAUGAGCUGACAGCUUAUUAAAAGUUAUUUUCAGCACUCUGUAAUUAAAAACCUAUUUAUUGUACACACGUGGAAUUUUAUAUCUAAUAAAACACAGAAUCCCAAAAUUUUGUAAAGUGAGGUCAAGUUAAGAUCUGAAGAAUAUCGCCGCUUGACCAAAACUCUGAACCACUUACAGUUGACUGAAAUUUGGCAUGGAGUCAAGUCGUUGAACAUACAUGUAACAAACAAGCGUAAAAUAGCAUGUUGUGACCAGAAAAAACAAGCGUAAUUGAAUACUAACAACUACAAUAUUUAUUUCUUCGACGGGACGGGACCGCAAAAGAUUUCGUGAAGUAUAGCCGACACACAUACUCCAAUUUUCUGUAUUUCCCUUUCUACCAAACAUGGAAUAACUGUUAUUUUCGUGUCACGUCAAACACUUCUUCGGUAUCUCGUAUAACCAGAUACGUAGUACGCUUAACUUCUUGAUUUUUUUACUCAACUAAUAGGUACCUACCUAUUUUGUUAUAAACAAUACGACUAGACAUGCA